UUUGCUCUACAAGAAAUGUCAGGCUGAAAAACACACGCCCUGGUGCUUUUUUUCUAAGCACACACUUCCUCUGCAGUUUCUGGGCCAUCAAGGAACCUUACAAAGUAAGAGAGAGACAAGAAAGAACUCCGUCCUGACCAUCGGACAGGAGAGUGACACUGGUGAUGGAGCUCGGAGUUGGGCUGGAAACAUUGGAUCCAAAGUUCAUCAAGCGUUCAUUGCUGGUGGAGGUUGAGGGAGUCCCUUUGAUCAGUGCGAUUGCAGAGGAGUGGGGUAGCUUAUGGGACUUCAAAGCUCGGCCCGAUGAUCUUCUCAUCUGUACUUAUCCCAAAGCAGGGACCACCUGGAUCCAGGAAAUUGUGGACAUGAUUCAGCAUGGAGGUGACGCACAGAAAUGUGCUCGGGCCCCAACGCACAAACGCAUGCCCUUCAUAGACAUGUUCCUUCCAAAGCCUCUGGAACAUGUCUUACCCUCUGGCUUGGAAGAGGCAGAGGCAAUGUCCUCUCCACGCAUGCUCAAAACUCACCUCCCAGUUCAGCUUAUUCCUCCUUCCUUCUGGGAACAAAAUUGCAAGAUCAUUUAUGUGGCCAGGAACGCCAAGGACAACUUGGUCUCAUAUUUCCAUUUCCAUCGCAUUAGUACUAUGAUGCCAGAACCAGGAAACUGGGACCAGUUUCUGGAGAAUUUCAUUGCUGGGAAGGUUGCCUGGGGGUCUUGGUUUGACCAUGUCCGUGGUUGGUGGGAAGCCAAGGACCGUCACCCAAUUCUGUACCUUUUUUAUGAAGAUAUGAAAGAGGAUCUAGCCCGGGAAAUCCAUAAAGUAUCUCAGUUCCUGGGUGUAACGCUUCCAGAUCCGCUUUUGAAUCAGAUUGUACAACACACAACAUUUGAGAGCAUGAAAACAAACCCAAUGGCUAACUACAGCACCCUGCCUUCUUUCAUCUUGGACCAAUCCAUAUUACCGUUCAUGAGAAAAGGCACUGUGGGAGACUGGAAGGUACACUUCACCGUGGCUCAGAGUGAACACAUGGACAAAGUCUGUGCUCGAGAACUGGAGGGUACCAGCUUGACCUUCCGCACGCAGCUAUAAAUGCAUCUCUGUGUCCCUCAUGGAAACUUUCACCAAACAUGCCAGGACUGUGACUGAAUCUGCGUUCAAUAAAAUAAGUUACAAAGUCUCAGCUGCAUCAAAAAAUUGUGGGCGUGGCUUUAUAA